AUGUCUAAAACCAAACACUGCGAGGCGGUGAGGGUGGUGGUCCGCUGCCGGCCCUUCAGCAGGAGAGAGCAGACAUCGGAGUGCGAGAACAUUUUGGCGAUUGAUGACAAGCUGGGGCAGAUCACCUUAAGGAACCCGAAGGCACCACCUGAUGAGCCCAUGAAGGUGUUCACGUUUGACUCGGUGUACGGCUGGAAUUCAAAACAAAGCGACAUUUACGAUGAUGCGGUGAGACCUCUGGUGGAGUCCGUCCUCCAGGGCUUCAACGGGACCAUAUUCGCCUAUGGACAGACUGGAACAGGUAAAACACACACCAUGCAAGGGGUCUCAAACGACCCAGACAGGAGAGGGGUCAUCCCAAACUCAUUUCAGCACAUUUUCACCCAAAUAUCCAGAACUCAGAAUCAGAAAUACCUGGUGAGGUCAUCCUACCUGGAGAUCUACCAGGAGGAAGUCAGGGAUCUGCUGUGCAAAGACAACAACAAGAAGCUGGACCUGAAGGAAAACCCAGAGUUUGGUGUUUAUGUGAAAGACCUGUCCUCGGUGGUGACCAAGAAUGCAACUGAGAUUGAGCAUGUGAUGAACAUAGGCAACCAGUCCAGGUCGGUGGGCUUCACCAACAUGAACGAACGCAGCUCUCGCUCCCAUGCCAUCUUUGUCAUCACUGUGGAGUGCAGCGAAGUGGGGCCGGACGGCGAGGACCACAUCCGAGUUGGGAAGCUGAACAUGGUGGACCUGGCCGGCAGUGAGCGCCAGAGCAAGACGGGGGCCAAAGGGAAGCGCCUGAAGGAAGCUGCCAAAAUCAACCUGUCCCUCUCGGCCCUGGGGAACGUCAUCUCGGCCCUGGUGGACGGGAAGAGCACCCACGUCCCGUACAGAGACUCCAAACUCACCCGGCUGCUCCAGGACUCUCUGGGAGGUAACGCAAAGACAGUCAUGAUUGCAACGGUGGGGCCUUCGCACAAGAACUUUGAGGAAUCCCUGGCCACGCUGAGGUACGCCAACAGGGCCAAGAACAUCAAGAACAAACCUCGGAUUAACGAGGACCCCAAAGACGCCCUGCUGAGGGAGUUCCAGGAGGAGAUCGCACGACUGAAGGCUCAGCUGGAGGAGCGAGGGAUGCUGGCAAAGGAGAGGAGGAAGAGGAGGAACAGCAAGAGGCUGAGUAGAAGCAUGGCUGGUAUGGAGGAGGAGAUGAUGAGGGAGAGGGAUGCAGAUGUUUGGAAGACUGUGGAAGAGGAAUCAGAUGUGAAACAUUACACGAAAGAGGGAGGCGACUUCUCAAAGGCUCUGACUUGCCAGGGGAGCAGCGAGAAGUUAAAGCACCUGAACGAAAACAGGAAAAGCGUGGAGGACAUGCAGUGGGACCAAGACGCUUUGGAGAAGAUCAUAGAGAAAUACAAGGCGAUGGAGAGCAAACUGUUGGUCGGAGGAAAGACUAUAAUCGAUCACACCAACGAACAGCAGAAAAUGCUGGAGCUGAAGAGGCAAGAAAUUGCAGAACAGAUAAGACGAGAACGAGAGAUCCAGCAGCAGAUGAUGCUGCAGGACGAGGAGACCGUAGAGAUGAGAGAGACGUUCACCUCCCUGCAGCAGGAGGUGGAACUCAAGACAAAGAAGCUGAAGAGGCUGUACGGCAAACUGCAGCUGCUGAAGGGGGAGAUGAGAGACAUCAUCGAUGAGCACGUCACAACCAGGCAGGAGCUCGAACAGACGCAGAACGAACUCACCAGAGAGCUCAAGUACAAAUAUCUCUUGAUUGAGAAUUUUAUACCUCCCGAGGAAAAGAACAAGAUAAUGAACCGGCUGCACUUUGACAGCGAGGAGGAUCAGUGGAGGCUCCAACCCGUCCUUCCAUCUACACCCACUCAGGUCAAGAGAAGGCCUCUCUCCGCUGUGGGAUACAAGAGGCCAAUCAGCCAAUAUGCACAGAUGGCUGUUGCCACGGCUACUGGGGCCCCAUCUAGAUACCAGGCUGAGAAUAUCAUGCUGUUGGAGUUGGACAUGUCGCCACCAACCAUGUUCGCCUUGAACCUUCACGGCGCUCACCUGGAGAGAGCCUUUUCUCCCAGGCUGAUACAAGAUCUCCUGACAAACGUUCCCAUCCGGGAGAGGAAUGCUGCUUCAUCAUCAUCUUCAUCAAGAUCACGGGUCAGGAAGUCCCAGUCCUGGUAUCAAGCACCACAAGCAGCGUCCGUCCCGUCAUCCUCGUCAUCCACUGCUCUGACAUCAGGACCUCAGAGCUUCUUUCCCCCUCAGAGACAAAGACCAUCCUCUGCUGCGUACCUUCCGUCAGAGGUUCCAGCUCAGACAAGCCCAUGAUUUGCAUUCAUACACCUGUACUGUGGGCGUGGCCUUACUUUAAGGUGGCACAAGCGAAUCCAGCUUAGCUAAGGGGCCAUCUGGUAGAGAUGGAGGGAAACCGUAGGUCUUAAUUUGAUUUUAUACCUGUUUGGAGAAGCUCUAGUUAGCAUGUGCCGGAAAAACAGAUAGUUGUGGAUGGAUUUAUUUUUUCUAUCUUUAAUCAAGAGCGUUGUCCUUCAGUUUCAAGAGCAUUAUUUCUGCAUAUUAUGUUUAGAUUUUUGUAUUGCUUGCUUUUAAGAUAGUGCCUCUCUUAAAUAACCCCUGCCUGGGGGCAAAUCUGUUGCUGCACAGAUGUCCUGUGCUUCAGUUUGACAGCGUCUCCUCAUGCUCAGAUCGCUUCUGUGCGCUCGCAAAAUCACCGCUCUCGGAUUUGUGCUCUCGCGGUCGGACCUUUUUGAAACCACCCUGGCAACAUUCUCCUACCAACAGAUCUGUACGACCAGGUUCAUCCACUCCCAGCCUCCAGAAGUAAAGCAAACACACCUGCAAGGAGGUCAUUUCAUUGGUUAUUGCCAUACUAUUGGCAUUUUAUUGCUUGGAUGAUUUUGACAGUUUUACAAAAGUUUGUGAGGGCACAAAUCUGGGAGCAGAAGUUUCACAAGUGCACAGAACCGAUACGAAUGCAAGGACGGGCAUUCAAAGACCCUUUUCAGACAUGCAUUCCAUUCCGUUAAUCUGACAGCAGUUUACCCUGGUCACCAGCAUUCUUCCUCAGUUGAACCUAUUAACAAUUCUGUAGCACUUUCAACACAACAACAAGCAACUUUCAACAAGUCUGAACUGAACCAUCGCAUUAACGAAUAGACACGGUACUUUGAGUUGUGUGAAGUGAUUAAGGGAAAGAUUUUUCCACGUUUCAGCCCCAAUAUUAAUCCAGAAACAUCACAGCAGAGAGUUUGUGUGCAUUUUUGUUUUGUGAUUUUAAAUCGAUUAGGCUACAAAGUGAAAUUUCCAUUUUAUUGAAAGUUAAUGCAGUAAAAAUGGACAUUAAACUGAACAUUAGUACUAGGCUUUGAGGGAAAGCAUUACAAAAUGUGCAUAAUGCAGAGACAAUGCUUACAAAUGAAAAGCUCUUGAUCAAAGGUAGUAAAAUAACUCCAUAAAAAGUGAUUUUUUUUUAUUUAAGAAUGUUUGCCUUUAUUGCUUCUGUUGCCUAAACCGUGCAGUUUACCUAAACAGCAAAGCCAGACCUUUUAGGUGUCACAUAUAAUGACAGUUUAUUUAUUUUAUAUGAUUUUUUAUCAAGUAUUUCCCCCCCGAGUUGCAACACUUUAAUGAUUUUUUCUUGCACAAAAGACUGUAUCUUUGCCAAAACACUGAGGGCGACGAGGGUUUUUAGCCUGUAUGCUUGAUGAACUGUUGCUUCUGCCAAUGUAACCAAUGUGAGCCAAAAAAGAACAAAAAAAAAAAAAGAAGCGAGGAAAGCUUGCAGUGCUCUCUUGAUUAGCUGCCUUAUUUUUUCAUAGUUGUGAAAUUGUGCAAAGCCCAUUUUGCUUACACAUGAAAAAUAAACAGACUGAAAUAAUA